AUGGCUUGUUCAGACAUUCAAAAGAAUGAUCAUAAAUAUGUGGUUUAUCUAAGGGGCUCUUUGCUCAGUGGAAAUGACCGUAUUAAGUGUUGUAGCAAGUUGGACCGCAAGUAUAUGAGGGUUCUUCCGAAGGAGUGCCACGAUCAGCUGGCAAUUCCAACGAUAUUACACACUGGAUCCUUGUCUGGACACGCUUCAACCUCCGCGGGUUCUCCUAUUCUCGGAUUUGUCUGCGCACGAGGCCUAGAUAAACUUGCCGAGCACGCAUUCUUUCCAGGUAAACAUUCAAAGAUGGUGUUCUUUACGAGAUUUCUAGCUCUAGCAUGUCUUGUAGCGAUUGCUGUGGCCGAUCCAGCGGCACCUCCUCCAGGAAAUUACGCGUACCUCCGGGUGAGAGGCCGUGGCAAGCAGCUCUACGCUUGCAAUGCUGCGUCCAAGGCCUGGGAGUUCGACGUUGCUUGGGCGGAUUUGUUCCUCACCUCGGACAAAAACAUUACGGGGCGAAUUGGAGUCCACUAUUUCCUCCAGUUUCCAGAUGCCAACGGUGGACGACCGUCCUGGUCGCUGUUUAGAAAUCCUGGAGAUCCAGACUCUGCGACUCCAUCGCUCACAGUCACAGGCAAAGUGCUGGACAAAACUCCAUCAGCCGGAAACAUCGAUGCACUGCUCCUCCAAGUUACUUCUUUCAGUGGAGCCACAGACAGUUCUUAUAUCCAGCGAUAUCCAGUGAGUGGAGGAGUGGCUCCUGCGGCCAACCUUUGCACCAAAGCGGGAGACACUCUAGCCGUGGACUACGAGAGCGAGUACAGAUUCUUCUCCCAGCUCAAGAGGCCUGCCGCUUCGGGCCUUUCAAACGCAACAAGCAACAGUACCAAGGUCGUGGCAUUCUACUUUGGCGAGGGAUUCCAGCUCUACACUUACGAGAAUUCUUCCUGGGUUCUAAAGGGAGCCUCGGCCUCCCUGAGCUCUGUUCCCGGAGGAGAGAUUGUUGGGAGUCACUAUUUCCUUCGUCAAGCUGAUGCGAGCGGUGGACAGCCGACUUGGGCCAUCCACUCUCCGACUUACAGUCGUGUGACUGGCAAAGUGACCGAGAAAGUUUCAAACGACAACUCGAGUGUUCCGGUGCUUCGUCUAGAGAGGACCAGCAGCUGCGGAGAGCCGUAA